AUCUCUCCAUGUACUACAUUCAAUAUAAUCUCAUUCACCAAACAAAAGUUGGGAAAAAAAGAAAGAAAGAAAAAAUAUCUUCAAGAUCAUCAAUAAUGGUUUCUCAACAGAUCAUCAUCAAGAUCUUCAUUCUCAUGUACCUGCUUCUACUCAUUAACCCAUCUUUUUCAGAAGGAUCAGCUGAUCAUGAUCAUCACAACUUCAAGAGUAUUACUACUGGUUUGGAGCUGAUCACUAACACUACACCAAAUCAAGAGGUGAUGAUGAAGGGAAGGAAACUACUGAUCAAAGUUGAUGCAAUGUUAGAUUAUCAAGAUCCAGGACCAAACCCUAGUCAUGAUCCACGUAAAGGCCACUAAUCAUCGAUGGUGAUCUUAAUUAUAUAUAUGUACGUGUUAAUUAGUAUCUUAAUUAUUUGUUCAAGAAAAUGCUCUCCUUUUGAUGAAGUCUAUAUAUGAACUUAUAAUGACUUUGGUGCAAUUACUAGCUUUCUAUGUAAUUAGAGUGUGAGUGUGAGUGUGUGUGUGAAAGAGAGUGAGUCCUCAUGAUAUGAUUGGUGUGGAUCUGUGUACUGUAUAUAUAUGUUUUGCACUUGUACGUAUACAUAUGAUUAUUAAUAAGAUCACAUGCAUGUUUAAUUAAA